UGAGAUUGUGCUCCGAUUUUUUUUUUUUUAUUUAUUUUUGUACGAAAUUCACAUACUGUUUUGCCCGUAUUAGGCCGCAAUAGCUUAUGUAAAACUCAUAUGUACCAGAGGUUCUCUUAUCAAUACAGAAAAACUAAACAACAAAUUGCACGAGUCGAGCUGGAGGUCAUGCUGGCAGAAUACUUUUUUGCUUGAUGUCGAUUGUCAAUUACCUUGAGGGUGUUACGAUGUCCACUACCAGUUUAAAUACGAAUGCUAAUAGCGACGGCGAGGCGGAUACGGUGUCUGUGGCGCUUCGAGUGCGUCCCUUGGUCAGGUCGGAGAUUGAACGAGGAUGCCAGAUAGCCGUACAGCGGGCCGGUGAUGGAUCACCACAGGUAACCGUGAAUCGAGCCGAAACAUUCACCUAUAACUAUGUGUUCGACACCGCUGAUAGCCAGCAGGAUAUCUAUGAUGAUUGUGUGCAUCCGAAACUGAAGAAAUUGCUAAGCGGUUAUAAUGUUACGAUACUCGCAUAUGGUCAGACCGGGUCCGGAAAAACGUAUACCAUGGGCACAUCAUUCAAUGGCAUAAUGGACGAGAAUGCCGGGGUGAUACCGCGAGCCAUUCAUGAGAUAUUCAAAGAGAUCGAUGCCAUGUCGUCGUCAGAUACGACAAGUAAAAGCAAAUUUGUGGUCACAUGCUCAUUUGUGGAACUGUAUCAGGAGCAAUUAAUUGAUUUGUUUUCCCCAAAUCGGAGUACAGUGGAUGUGCGUGAGGUGAAGAGUCGGAUUGUGAUGCCUGGCUUGACCGAGCUGCAAGUGCAAUCGGCAAAAGAAGUGACUGAUUAUCUAAUGAAAGGCUCGGCUGGCCGAGCUGUCGGCUCUACAGCCAUGAAUGAGUCCUCCUCACGAUCCCAUGCCAUAUUUACAAUAACUGUUGUGGCCAGCCAAACGGACGGCAGAGAUUCGGUGACAACCUCAAAAUUCAAUCUGGUGGACUUGGCCGGAUCCGAACGUGCUUCCAAGACAUUAGCCAGCGGUGAUCGAUUUAAGGAGGGCGUUAAUAUUAACAAAGGAUUACUAGCAUUGGGCAAUGUGAUCAAUUCGCUGGGCUCUGGUCAAGCCUCUGGCUUUAUAGCCUAUCGGCAAUCGAAGUUGACGAGGUUAUUACAAGAUUCGCUGGGUGGUAACUCAAUAACCUUGAUGAUUGCCUGCGUCAGUCCAGCCGAUUAUAAUGUAGCCGAAACUUUGAGCACUUUGCGGUAUGCGGAUCGUGCCCUUCAAAUUAAGAAUCGUCCAGUGGUCAAUUUGGAUCCUCAUGCUGCCGAGGUCAAUCAACUAAAGGAUAUCAUUCAAAAACUGCGUAUGGAUUUGCUAUCACAAGGAGCAGUUGGAGGAAUGAGCAGUUCCCUGACCGCCGCCCUGGGUUCAGCCGGCUUGGAGUCGGUACAAACUGUUAGUCCAAUGGGCAGUGGCAUGAGUGCCACAGAGAGGCAGCGUCUGAUGGAGAAAUUGCAGUUGUUAGAGCAAAAGAAUCUCAAAUUGCAAAAGGAUCUCCACAAUGCCCUAGUCGAUGUUGCCGAGAAUGAGAUGAGAGCGCAUAUUGCCGAACAAAAUCAUGAUAAGAUUAAAACUCAUUUACUUGAGAUGAAAACUAAACUAAAGCUACAGUAUGAGCAGAACCAGAAAAAGGAGGAGGCUGGCGAUAUGACCGAAUUUUGGCAGGUGUUUAACGAGGCGGUUGAUUUGGCCCAUCAGGAAAUGGAGCGUUCCGAAACGGAGAUGAAAGAGUUAACGCAUACAUCUAUUAGGUCGACUGCAAGCAACAAUGACACCGACAACGCCGGUGAGCUUCAGGAGCUAAAUCAGAUGGAGGAGUACACGGCCAAACAGUUAAAUCUCAAUGGUGAACUGAAGAACAUUAAUCGUCAGCUCAAUCUCAAGCAGGAGCUGCACGAACGUGUCCUAAGCAAUUUCAGUCGCCUCCAGAUGGAAGUUGGCCAGUCUACCCUGGCAGAGGAGGCGGCUGCCAACAAGAAGAUAGAUGAACUCGAGUCUGAACGACGCCAGCUGCUCGAGAAGCUGCGCUCAAUGAAAUGCAAGGACACCAAUGUCUCCAAAUUGGCCGAGGAGCGUAGGAAGAGACUGCAUCAACUGGAACAAGAACUGGGUGGAAUGCGCCGCAGAUUACAGACCAUGAGCAAUGUGGUUAAAAUGCAUGAAAAAGAAAAGGCAAAGAUCACGAAUCUCAGUCAAGAGAUCAGGGAUAUGAAAGAAGCAAAGGUCAAGCUGAUACGGGCCAUGCGUCAGGAAUCAGAGAAAUUCCGUCAAUGGAAAAUGAUUAGAGAAAAGGAGGUCACUCAACUUAAAUCCAAGGAUCGUAAAUUGAAAAGCGAAAUGGCUAGGCAGGAGCAACUGCAUGUCAAGCAGCGAAACGUACUCAAACGCAAAUGUGAGGAGGCAUUGGCCGCCAAUAAGAGACUGAAAGACGCCUUGGAGAGGAAGGCUUCGGCCCAGGCUCAGCGUCAACGUCAGCAACAAAAUGGUAACACCACCACUAAGACUAAGGAUAAUAUUGCUGCUAUUGACCAGGAGCUGGAGAUCAUUUUAUCGGUACUCGAUGCGGAAAUUAUUCUGGAAACCCUCAUGGAAGAUCGAGCCAUUCUCGCCCAGGAAUAUCAAGAGCUAAAACAAAAUGCUGGCGAUGAAGAAAAUCAAGCAUUACUAUCGGCAAUGGAGGAAGACUUGGAGAUGAGGAAUGCCCAGAUCGCUGAUUUCCAGCAAAAGGUGCAACUCAACAAUAUAGACACCCAUGUGUCCAUAUUGGCCGAUAACGUUCAAAGUUUGGGCGAGUCUCGAACAGUGAGCAAACAUGUGCUUAAAACCAUGAUUCAGCAGCGACGUGAUCAUGCCCAGGCCAUGGCCGAGCAACGUAUACGUCUCACUAAUCAUAUCAAUCAGUUAACCGUGUUCGAGGCGAAACAACUUGAAUUGGCCGAGCAACUGCAGCGAGCCGAACAGCAGCAUAGGGAGGAAAUGCAUUGCCAACAGCGAGAGUAUGAGGAGAAGGUAGCCGUCCUACUGCGCUCUGCCCAAGCAAACAAUGGAGAUGUACAGCAGCAAUUUGAGAAAGGCGGCCAAACGUUUAUAAUUGAGGAUUUGUUAGCGUCCAAGGAGGCUAUACAAUUGGAAUUGGAUGCACUGAAAUCAAAGGCGGACAAACCAAAGAAAUCCGCUCCACGAGAUACCCUUGCGACCGAGUGUAUCGAGAUCCUGGAAGAUUCCAUAAUGGAGAUGGAUGACAGCUGCGAAUUAGAUCCUGACUGGAAGCCCAGCAUUUCCAGGCGCCGCAAAAAGCUGGAUGUCACCAACAAAUCGAAGGCGGAGGAAACUACAAUAUCUGAAGCCGAUCAAUCAUCCAACUCAAAUUGUUCGGGAUUGGUGUCAUGCAAAUGCCGGAUUAGAUGCGAUUCAAAGCGUUGUCUCUGCUAUGUAAAUGGAUCGAGUUGUUUACCCAGCUGUCGUUGUAAGGGCUCUUGCCACAAUCCCUCAAACUCAAUUUUCGAGGAUGAAGAUCAGGAUGAUAAUGACAAAGAGAAUUUGGUCGAAAUGCCACCACCUACCACAGAUCGACCACUGCAAAGUAAUCCGAAUCUGGCGAAGCGCACCUCCAGCAUAGAGACAAUAAAAAGUGAGCCAGGAUCAAUGACUACGUUACCCAGCACUCCGACUACUAGUGAUGAAAAUAUACCAAAAUUGGCUAGAAUGUCCGGACUAACUUUUAAUACGCCGCGAAGGAAAUUUUUUUAAUUAGGGGAGUGCGCAAACUAAUGCGUAUUCUGAAAACUCCAACGGAAACCAAAAGUCAUUCCAAGCCUAUAUAGAUGGAUAUGAUCAGCAGCACUAACAACGGAAGGUCCUAUCCUGUCCUGUCUGUUUGCAAUCCAUCCAUCCUGUUUUUCGUUCGGAGACAAAAACUGUAUGAAGAAUACUUCACCACCUAAUAUAUGCUAUGUAUGCCGCACUUCCCCUCUCCUUCCAAGAAACACUUUAUACUUAUAGUCUAAAUAUGUCAAUUUGUAUUUAAGCUAAACAAAAAUAUUAGAAGUUAGAAGAUAUAGAAUGUCAUCGAAUAUGCAGUUUUCUGACAUUCCUCUCUCCCUUACCGUUUAUAUAAUGUUUGCAUAAUUUUAAGUAUAUUGGCUACCCUCGA